ACGUAAGCGGUUCAGCGGCGGAGCUCUACGGGUGGACCCUAGCUUGACUUGUGCCUUUUUCACGACAUGGACCCGGCUACAACUAAAGACACCGAGAAGAACUGCGUCCUGUGCUGCCAAGACGUCGACAUCUUCGCCUUAGGAAAAUGCGACCACCCGGUUUGUUACCGCUGCUCCACCAAAAUGCGGGUGCUGUGCGACCAGAAGUACUGCGCCGUCUGCCGGGAGGAGCUCGACAAGGUGGUGUUUGUGAAGAAGCUGGAGGCCUAUCAGGCUCUGCCCUAUCAGCAGUUCCCCUGUGACAAGAAGCACGACAUCUAUUUCGGCGAUGAGAAGAUCUACAGUCAGUACAGACAUCUGCUGCUGUCGGUCUGUGUCCGCUGUUCAGAGCCGAAGGUUUUCUCCAGGUUCGAGGAGCUGGAGCAGCACAUGAGGAAGCAGCACGAGCUCUUCUGCUGCAAACUCUGCACAAAGCAUCUCAAGAUCUUCUCCCACGAGAGGAAGUGGUAUAACCGGAAGGAGCUGGCGCGGCACCGAGCGCACGGAGACCCGGACGACACGAGCCACCGAGGACACCCGCUCUGCAAGUUCUGCGACGACCGCUACCUGGACAACGACGAGCUGCUGAAACACCUGCGCAGGGACCACUACUUCUGCCACUUCUGUGACGCAGACGGCUCUCAGGAAUACUACAGCGACUACCGGUACCUGAGCGAGCACUUCAAAGAGAGCCACUACCUGUGUGAGGAAGGCCGCUGCGCCUCCGAACAGUUCACGCAUGCAUUCCGCACCGAGAUCGACUACAAGGCCCACAAGGCUGCAGCGCACAGCAAGAACCGGGCCGAGGCCCGACAGAACCGACACAUCGACCUGCAGUUCAACUACGCCCCGAGGAACCAGCAGCGGAGGAACGAUGGUCUGGUGACGGGAGACGACUACGAGGAGGUACGACACAACCGAGGAGGACGAGGGAGGCCUCAGGGAGGACAGAAGAGCUGGAGGUACUCGAGAGAGGAGGAGGACCGACAGGUGGAGGCAGCUCUGAGGGCGUCCAUGAUUAAGCACAGGCAGGAGGAGAGAGCGUCGCUGCAGGAGAGGAGCGCUCCCAAACACAUCAGGACCGAGAGAACCGAGAGAACCGAGAGAACCGAGAGAACCGAGAGGGCCGAGAGAACCGAGAGGGCCGAGAGGACUGAGAGAACCGAGAGAACCGAGAGAACCGAGAGAACCGAGAGAACCGAGAAAGACGGACGACGUGUUGUCCUCAUGCAGUCUGUCCUGUUGUCCUCAUGCUGUCUGACGUGUUGUCCUCAUGCAGUCUGUCCUGUUGUCCUCAUGCUGUCUGACUGUUGUCCUCAUGCUGUCUGUCCUGUUGCUGAAGGUUUUUAUUGGUGUGUUCUGUGCAGGGUGAAACCAGCUCCUCCUCCAGCAGCUACAGCCGCUCUGAAGGAGGACGACUUCCCGAGUCUGUCCACCGCUGCAGCUCCGACCACCAUGACGCCGGCGUACUCCGCCCCCCCGAGGAAGACGUCCUCUUUCCAGGAAGAAGACUUCCCCGCUCUGGUCUCCAGAAUAAAACCCCACAGACCUGCAGCAGACGCCGCCUCCAGAUCCGCUUGGUCCAACCACACUCCUGCAGCCAAACCCGCCGCUCAGCCUCCUCCCUCCUCCAGACCUCCACCUCCCCUCUCCUCCUCCGGCCCCCAGCUCCUCUCCUCCUCCACCACCUCCUCUUCCCGGAGGAGGAAGAAAGUCGGGGAGAAAGCGGCGUCCAGUCGUUCUCCUCCUCUGUCCGAUGAUGACGGAGGAGGACUGACGCAGCAGGAGUUCCGCUCGGUGCCCAACUUGUUGGACAUCUCCUCCCUUCUCACCGGGAAGGGAGGCAACAAAAAACCCUCCCCCUCCACCCCCAGCUGCUCGGCCCCGCCCCCCAGCGCCGACCCCCCUGCCUCUAAAACCAGCAAGAAGAAGAAACAGAAGAACACAGCUGCUGCCUCCGCGUCUGCAUCGUCGCCAUCGCCGGGGAAUUCCCUCUCAGUGGAGACGGCAGCGCAGAAGGAGAACGUCCCUGAGAAAACGUGGAACAAACCGCCGCCCAGCGCCGCCACGGCGCCACCUACAGGCACACUGGCUAACGGCUACGCGGAGAAACCACCAGCCGUUAGCAAAGAGAGCGCUGUGGUUAACCCUCAUCCCAACACAGAGCCAACACUCGAACAAGAGGAAGAGUUUCCUGCCCUCACAACCAAGAAACCUCCCCCAGGCUUCAAGACGUCUUUCCCAGUGAAGUCCUCCACUCCUCCUCCCCCCGCCGCCGUCAUGCCUCCACCUCCUCCUGGUCUGGGCGUCUCCGGUCCUAAACCUCCGCCUGGUUUCACUGGAAUCCCCCUCAACAGCAACGUGGUGGAGCCUUCCCCCUCUGCAGCCAACCUGCCUCCGAAGGUGUCGAGCAGCGGUUACCUGGUUCCAGAGGACUUCCACCAGAGGAACCUGGAGCUGAUCCAGUCCAUCAGGAAGUACCUCCACAACGAUGAGUCCAAGUUCAACCAGUUCAAAAACUACUCUGCUCAGUUCAGACAGGGAGUGAUCUCGGCCGCUCAGUACCACCGCAGCUGCAAGGACCUGCUCGGAGACGACUUCAACCGCAUCUUCAACGAGCUGCUGGUCCUGCUGCCGGACACCGGGAAGCAGCAGGAGCUGCUGACGGCCCACGGAGACUGCAAGGCCCUGGAGAGGCAGUCGGGAGGAGGAAAGAAGAGCAGGAACAAGAAGAGCGCCUGGCAGACGCCGGCCUCGCCCGCCAACACGGCCGCCGAGCUCGACUGCCACGUGUGCCCCACCUGUAGACAGGUACUGGCCCCCAAAGACUUCAAUUCCCACAAGACCUUGCACAUCAGGGAGAGCGAGGAGUUCCCCUCCCUGCAGUCCAUCAGCCGAAUCAUCAGCUAGCCUCUCCACAGUCCGGCUGCUCCAUUAAAACACACAAUAAACAGUUACAGCGCCGUAUUUAUUUCACUGUAAUUUUAUUUACUAUCAGCUGACGUCGGCCGUUAAUUAUUGAGUCCUUAUCAGAAUCAGCAGAUUAUGUUUUAAUACUUUAAAAUGAGUUCUUAUUAAAGUCAGAGCGGCGUCUCAGGACCCUGAGCUCAGAGAGAACGAACUGUAGCGUCGGUUCAACCAUCAAACAGCAGCUUUAGUCUGUGUCCAAUAAAAUUCAUGUUCCCGUUCA